GGGGAGGGGGGGCGCAUGCGCACUUCGCUCCCCGCCGGGAUUUCCGACGCGACCACCGCAGUAGCUGCUUUCCCCCGCGCCGCCGUUGCCGCGACCAUGGCGAAGUUGAGCAAAGAGGCCAAGCAGAGGCUGCAGCAGCUCUUCAAGGGCGGCCAGUUUGCCAUCCGCUGGGGCUUUAUUCCUCUCGUGAUUUACUUGGGGUUUAAGAGAGGUGCAGAUCCUGGAAUGCCUGAACCAAGUGUUUUAAGCUUGCUUUGGGGAUAAAGGACUAUUUGAUCAUCUGGAUUUGGAAGCAGUCAGUGAACAAGAACAACAUGGAAGGUGUGCUCUCUGGCUGGGAUAAGAGAUGGAACCUCGUUCAGACAUUCGCCAGUUGGAUGGCACAGGGCUCUUACUUCACAGAUUCGUCUGUGGCAGAGUGGAACCUCUCUGGAUUUAUUUAUGACAGACUGUAUUGAAAUAAAUGUUUCUUAACAAUG